CACACAGGAUUUGUAUUGUGAAUUAUCUCAUACACUAAACACUGAUGUUAGAGUCCAUAAUUGAUGCUUUUUUCCCCCUAUAAGUACAGUUUGAUUUGAGGUUCUAGGUGUCAUUGUCAUUGAGCCAAAUAGCUAAAUAAGUUUGAUUUCAGCCCUACGCAUAAUCUCAUACUUGUACAUACUUCAUGCUUGUGCCUCAUGACCUCCUGCACAUUGAGCUCAGGUCUGUUGGUCAAUAUUCAGCACACACACACACACAUCCACACACACAUCCACACUGUGUCCCUCCCCCAGGGCAGAGAGCUUUUUUCUCAGCACUGAAGGGAGACAGUGUUCAGUGGAAGUUUGGUCAUGUCUGGGCUGUUGGGUGUUCGCCUGCUGCUGCUGUGGGGCUUGGCCUGCCUCUGGCUCUGCAGCUCGGCCUCGGGGGCUCUGCUCAUCUCCCGGGGCGAUGAAGCUCUGCAGGACACUAGAGGAGCUGCCAGAAGACUGCAGAAACGAAGCACAAGUGAGAAUACGGUGGAGGUUCACCGUGUGGCAGUCGACUGCACCGUCACAUCUCGUUUUGCCCACACGAUCAUGACCUCCAAGGCAAUGAACAAAGCUAACGAGUCCCAGGAAGUUUUCUUUGACGUGGAACUGCCCAAAACUGCGUUCAUCACCAACUUCAGCAUGGAAAUUGAAAGUAAGCUAUAUGUUGGGGAGGUGAAGGAGAAAGAGAAAGCAAAGCAACAGUAUGACAAGGCUGUUUCCUCUGGACAGACUGCAGGACUGGUCAAGGCUUCAGGAAGAAAGAUGGAGAAGUUCUCCGUGUCUGUCAACAUAGCAGCAGAAAGUAACGUGACUUUCAUCUUGACCUAUGAGGAGCUUCUUCAGAGGAAAAUGGGCCAGUAUGAGAUUUUGACCCGAGUUAAACCCAAAACACUGGUCCAGGAGUUUGAGAUAGUGGCAAACAUCUACGAGCCUCAGGGCCUCGCUUACGUUGAUGCCCAUGCAACCUUCCUCUCCAAUGAACUGCUCCCCCUUGUGGAGAAAACUGUCACAGACAAAAAGGCACGCAUCUCUUUCUCACCAACUAUGAAUCAGCAGAGGAAGUGUCCAGAUUGCGAUGGAACGCUCAUUGAUGGAGAUUUCAUCAUUAAGUAUGACGUAAACCGAGGGACGGGCCUCGGGGACAUUCAGAUCGUGAACGGAUACUUUGUGCACUUCUUUGCUCCCCCCGACCUGCCCAGAGUCCCAAAGAAUGUGGUGUUUGUAAUCGACAGGAGCGGAUCAAUGAGUGGAACAAAGAUGCAACAGACAAGACAGGCAUUGCUGGCCAUCCUCAAAGACCUCCAUGAAGAGGACCACUUUGCCCUCGUCCUAUUUGAUAGCUUUAUCGAACCCUGGAAAGAAUCACUUGUCAAAGCAACCAAGGAAAAUGUGGAUGAAGCCAGGGCCUACGUCAGGACAGUAAGCGACAGAGGAGCCACUGAUAUCAAUGGUGCGUUACUGAAAGGUGUAGCAAUGCUGGUCCAAGCCAGAGAAAACAAAACGCUGCCAGAGAGAAGCGUGGAUAUGAUUAUUUUGCUGACUGAUGGAAUGCCAAAUGUUGGAGUGUCAGACACGUCAGUGAUCCAGCAGAAUGUGCGUGCUGCUACUGGGGGAAAUACGUCUCUGUUCUGUCUCGGAUUUGGAGAUGACGUUGCUUAUGGCUUCCUGGAUGUGAUGAGCCAGCAAAACAAAGGGGUGGCCCGCCGCAUCUAUGAGGCUUCAGAUGCAACGCUUCAGCUCCAGGGUUUCUAUGAUGAAGUGGCCAGCCCUCUGCUUUCAGAGGUUGACCUGCGUUAUCCCGACAAUGCAGUGGACUUACUGACCACCAACCACUUCAAGCAGUUGUUUAAUGGCUCAGAGAUCGUGGUGGCUGGUCGACUGAUGGACAACGACAUGGACAACUUCCUGGUGGAAGUGUUUGGCCAAGGGUCUGAAGAAGAUUUCAAGGUGCAGGGCCAGGCCAGGACAUUGGACUGGGGUGUGAUGUACCCAGACGAGGAGUACAUAUUUGGGGAUUUCACUGAGCGUCUGUGGGCCUACCUCACCAUUCAGCAGUUACUGGACAAGAGCAAGACCGGCUCCUCAGACGAAAAAACCAACGCCACAGCCAAGGCCCUGGACAUGUCCCUGCAAUACAGCUUCGUCACCCCUCUCACAUCCAUGAUAGUCAUCAAGCCUGAAACUGAGAACGGACCAGACAGCCCCCUCAUCGCUGACAAGCUGACCGAGGAGCAAAGACAGCUGGCACAAAAAAUGGCAUUUCAACACAAUGCAAACAGGCCACCGUGGCGGGCAUUACAGCCAUCGCCCUCGUACUUUGUGGAUGGAGAUCCUCAUUUCAUGAUAGAGCUCCCAGACAAAGACGACGCUCUGUGCUUCAACAUCAAUGACGUGCCAGGAACCAUUUUCAAUCUGGUCAAAGAUGCAAAAUCAGGUAUUCUAGUCAAUGGCCAGAUCAUUGGAGACAAGAAGAUUCCCCCCAGUGGGAAAAUUAACACCUAUUUUUGGCGUUUUGGCAUCGUUCACAAAACUUUGGGGGUCCAGCUGGAGGUGAACACUCGGGACAUCUCAGUGUUCCAGGACGGCAAACGGAUCAAGCUGCUGUGGUCUGAUACAGCUUCUCUCAAAGGACCCAACGUGGAUCUUCUUGUGACCAAAGACCGAAGCCUUAAAGUGAUUCUAAAAGAUUCAGUUAAGUUUGUGGUCUUGCUACACAAAGUGUGGGAGAAGCACCCGUACCACCAGGACUACUUGGGUUUCUACACUCUGGACAGCCACCUCUUGUCUCCGUCUGUUCAUGGCCUUCUAGGUCAAUUCUACCAUGGGAUUGAAUAUGAGGUGACAGACUUGCGUCCAGGAGAAGUCCCAGAGAAACCAGAUGCCACCAUGUAUGUGAAAGGACAAGAGCUCAAUGUGACCAGAGGCUGGCAGAGAGACUUCAGGAAUGAUGUGAAGAACGGAGAAAAUGUUCCCUGCUGGUUCAUUCACAGUAACGGAACAGGCCUCAUUGACGGAGAUGCAACAGACUACAUAGUGUCGGGCCUUUUUAAAACAGUUUAAAUGCAAGUUUAAACACAUCCAUGUCUGCCACUGAAAUCAUCAAAUUCAUAGAAUAAUCAUACAAAUCUGCCCGCAGUUACACCACAAGUGCUCUUAAAAUCAGUUAUCCAAAGGACAAUGGGCUUCAUUUACAGGGUUUUUUGGACAAUAGCAUCAACAUUAGUGAGACACAAUCCUUAAAGAUGUUGGUUUUCUGUCAGAUUUUAAUGGUUUCCAACUACUACUGACUACUUACAUUGCGUUUCUAUUGCUAUUACUUUGAUUAUUCCCGAGAGACGUUCUUGACUUUGAGAGUGAAAAAUGGCUGAUUUUAAACCUUCAUGUUCUGUUUUUCGUUUGGUACUGUGUUGUUGUUUUCAUCCUGGUUUAAGCGUGUGUUAUCUCCAGGAGAUGACAGGUUGUAAAAUGGUACCCAAAAGCAACUCGAAAGAAAAGGUCUGAGUCCGAUAUCGUUCAUGUGAAGUAUGCUGUGGGGAUCCAAUAUUACAUGAUACAAUGCACCAAAUGAUUCAGAUUCUUGUUUUCCCACAACAAUGCCACCCCUGAACAGUAAUUAAUGCUGGUUGAAUGAGUAGUUUACACUUUAUUAUGAUGUAAUCAACCUUAUUCAUGUCGCAGCAUGAGGAGAAAAAAAAUAAAUGCAUUUAUGCAAAGGAAA